CGUGCGGCUUCACCAAAUCCCUCCUCCGCAAUUCCACCAUGGCUGAACAAGUAACUUCUUGUUGCUUCGUUUUUCGUUUUUUCAUUCUGCUAUGUUUCGAUUUUCCAUUGAUGUGUAUUUUUUAAUCUGUUACAGACUGAGAAGGCUUAUCUCAAACAACCCAAAGUGUUUUUAUGGUAUAUUCAGCACUUCAUAUCUCAAUGUGUGUUUUGUUUUUAACUGUGAUGAUUGUUGAUCCAUAUUUGUUUGUUGUUUUUGCUCAAUUUCGUAGCUCGAAGAAAUCUGGUAAGGGGAAGAGGCCCGGUAAAGGUGGAAAUCGCUUCUGGAAAUCUGUUGGUCUUGGAUUCAAGACCCCCAAAGAAGCCAUCGAAGGAACCUUUAUUGACAAGAAGUGUCCAUUCACUGGCAAUGUUUCCAUCCGUGGUCGUAUCAUAGCCGGAACCUGUCACAGUGCCAAAAUGAAUCGGACUAUUAUUGUCAGGAGGAAUUAUCUUCACUUCAUUAAGAAAUAUCAGAGGUAUGAGAAGAGGCAUUCCAACAUUCCAGCUCAUGUGUCACCUGCCUUCCGUGUUAAGGAAGGUGAUCAUGUCAUUAUUGGUCAAUGCAGGCCACUCUCCAAGACAGUGAGGUUCAAUGUAUUGAAAGUCAUCCCAGCUGGAUCAUCCAGUGGUGCAAAGAAGGCAUUUUCUGGCAUAUGA